CAGUAAUUAGUCUGAGUGAGUGUUGGACUGGGUAAAUCCUGCUCCGGUGUUUAUGCUGGAGCUGAGGCCCGGCCCCAGGAAGGCGGAGAUUGGGAGCUCCAGGGUGGGAGUCGGUUCAGCAGCGAAGACUCUGGUUCAGCGCUGGAGGUUAGUAGUAUAGGCUGAGAGUGGCUGGGAGUGAUUUUACUGGACCUUUUUUUUUUAACCCCACCCUCACAGAUGCGGACAUUGCUUUCCGACCAACUCUACUGGAGUCCUACCGAACUGUCUACAGCUUUACCUUCACCAUAAUAUCGACUAAACUGGAUUAAUACAGCGACAGAACCGCGCCGAGACCUCCUGUCAGACCAGACCCACCAAAGUUUCUGUGGUGACAGCCACCAUUGGAAAUAGGAAGCAGAGUGUUGAGUGAGAAACAAUUGACUGCAACUAAAAAGAUAAGAGAAAAGUAGUGUAAGAGAGCUGGAGUAGAACUAAGACUGACUUAAACCAUGGACUGGAAGACGUUCCAGGCCCUGCUCAGUGGGGUGAACAAAUAUUCCACUGCUUUUGGGCGAAUAUGGCUGUCUGUGGUCUUCGUGUUCCGGGUGAUGGUGUACGUUGUGGCGGCAGAACGAGUGUGGGGCGACGAGCAGAAGGACUUCGACUGCAACACCAAGCAGCCAGGCUGCCCCAACGUCUGCUAUGACCACUUCUUCCCCAUCUCGCACAUCCGUCUGUGGGCACUUCAGCUCAUCUUCGUCACGUGCCCCUCACUGCUGGUGGUGAUGCACGUCAAGUACAGAGAAGAGCGUGAGCGGAAGUACCAACAGAAGCACGGCGCUGAUGCCAAGCUCUACGACAACACGGGCAAGAAGCACGGCGGCCUGUGGUGGACGUACCUGCUCAGCCUCUUCGUCAAGGCAGGUAUCGAGGUGGCCUUUCUCUACAUCCUCCACCGCAUCUACGACAGCUUCCACCUGCCUCGGCUGGUCAAGUGCGAAAUCAAGCCCUGCCCGAAUGUGGUCGACUGCUACAUCGGCAGACCAAUGGAAAAGAAAGUCUUCACCUACUUCAUGGUCGGCGCCUCGGCCAUCUGCAUCGUGCUCAGCGUCUGCGAGAUCAUCUAUCUCAUCUCCAAGCGGAUCACCAGUUGCGCCAAGAAGAUGAAGAGCCACCGCAAGCACAUGGCUAUGUACCAACACCAGUACCGGGACCACGACAGCAACUGCACCCUGCCCAUGCACGAACUGGACCGCAGGUCAGAGUACAAGACCAUGAUGAAGUCCGAGCUCCAGCCUGAACCUUGCAAACCAAUGAUGAGGGCUUCUGCUCCCAACCUGUCUUUGGCCUAGUAUGGAGAUAUGCUCUGUAGACUGAGAUGGAGAUGGACUCCAAGCUGAGCAUUGAAGAAGACCAAGAUGCAUUGGUUCAAGCCAAUGAUUUGAUCUUGGUGUCAUGUACUUGCGCUUCAGAAGCUUGUUAUGUGGUUAUAUAGCGUGGAAUACUUGAACAGUGUUUAUACUGAAUACUGAAACCACUAUUGAGGCAUCUGUUAGGUAUCACCAUGAAAAGACUUAAAAAAAAUCAUAUGUUUUUUUACAGGAAUGCAAGAGGAAUGUUUUUGUGUACAUGUGUCCGUACAUGCAGUUACUUUAAACUUAAUCUGCUAUUAAGAACAAAAAGUGCCUUAAAAGCAUAUUGUUGCCAAGGAUGCUCAGGAUCUCUGAAGGGAGAUGCAGUGCUAACUCAUCCACUGAUAAGAUUUAAUUACUUUUACUACACUAGAAUUAUGAUAGGUUGUUAAGACUGUGGCCCUGCUGCCUAUUAAAGCUUUCUGCUCCUACCUUGACCAUAUCCAACCAAGAAGAAAACCUCAAAGACAUGGACAACACCAUGCAGAACCUUUAAAAAGGGCUUAACCUUUACAAGUCAGGGCCUUGAACUUGGAGCAAAGCCUUACAACCCAAGGUUCCUAUCUAGCUAUACACGGUUCCGAGUGUUCCCUGCUUGGAAGCAUCUGAUUUAAAUUUUCAAAGCUAGGAAACUGAUUGUCUUUAACAUACUUCAACAUCAUUGUAUCAUUGUUAGGAUGUGAUGAUUAACCAAUGUUUUUUCCAUUAUUGGAACUUGACUUUAACUUCACUAGUUUAGAAGACUAAUUGUUAUUUCUUGCCCAAAGAAAAACUUCAUCAAACACUGCCAGUCCAUCAAGUCUAACCCCAAACAGACUAGGGGCCAUCUCUCGCACCCUGCUUAAGGCGUGUCACAAUGGUCAUUGCUAUCUUACAACCUGCUGACAGAUUUUUUUUACGCCUUGUGUCUGCAUUGUUAAAAUAGCAAAGGCGCUUGUGAAAAUAUCUACGCUGAUGGGCGUAGUGGUCUGGAAAUUAGGUGUGUUCAGGUACAUUUCUGGUGUGUUGCUAUCUUGGUCACGGAAAAAACAGGUGUGCCACUGACUGAAAAUAAUGAGCAGUUCAGUUUUCUUAGCUAAAAAAAAGCGUUGGAAGUGUCCAGGUAGCUGCACCGUUAAAAUAGUAACACCGACACACCUGGCUCUUAAAGGUGAUGGUCAGUGACAUGCUGAUUAUUUUUUUUUAUUAUUAUUCUUUACACCCAAAACACACCCAUGAUUAAUUAGAAAAAAAUUAAUACAUGCCUUUUAUGCAUUUUAAGCCACACAAGGCAUACUUUUCCUGUCGUUACGAUAGCGAAGACACACUUACACCCUAAAUCAAUCUGCUCAGUGCAUAGCUGAUGGCUUG